AUGGAGCUUGAAUUCUUCACAAAUCUAUCAUCAGAUAAGCCAAUCAACAUCCUAAAUCUGCCAUCAGAUAUGACAAUCAACAUCCUAUCGCGGCUCUCUACCCGAGAAAUUGCAAUCAGCAAAUGCGUUUGCAAACCAUGGCUCAAUCUGAUCGAGUCCAACGACAUCGUCAAAUCCAAAAUCAAAACCGCAUCUGCCCUAGUUCAUUACACGCUCUCAGCUCAAUGCACGAUUUUCGAAAUUGAAGACGAAGACGAAGCUGAUUUGGAGAUCCAUGAUCUUCACUACCAUCCACUAACUGAUUUGGUGAUCCCUCACCCAAACAGAUCACCAAUGGAAGGUACCACUGCUAAUGACUUGCUUCUUCUCUAUCCAUCAAUAACAAAAGGUAUUCCUCUUUACAUAUGCAAUCCGAUGACUCGUGAAUAUGCUGAGCUCUCUUACCCUCUUUAUAUCCCCGAGCGUGAGUUAAAAUUUGGAUUCGGUGUGAGCAAAUUAAGUGGGGAGUAUAAGGUGGUCUGCAUCAAUGCGGACAAUGGUUUCAACACUCACUAUGUAUACACCCUCGGAAUAGGGAAAUGGAGGCGCAUUGAAGCCGGGGCUGCUUCUGGUUACAAAUUUUGGACUGAACCUCUUUUAUGUAAUCACAACCUCCAUUGGGCGGUUAUAGAUUUGUGGUAUAACAAUUCUAUUUGUGGUUUUGAUGUUGAAACAGAACGUUUUAGCGUCUUCUCUUUUCCUGCUAAUGGAUAUGGAUAUGGGGAUUUGUGUGUUUUGAGGGACCACUUGUGUUAUUGUUACACUUUUGAUGAUGAUUUUAUCAUAUGGAUGAUGAAGGAAUACCAAGUUGAAGAAUCUUGGACUAUAGAAUACAAGUUGGGUCCAAUAAUUUGUGAUUUUGAUUGGGAUUUUAUGCUUGUCGAACCAUUCAAAGUUUUCAAAGAUGGUGACAUUUUGAUGUUGCUAGACAAAGGUCGUUUGGAUUUAAAAAUGUGA